GCCUUGAUCUUGCAUGCAAGCGAACACCCUCAACCCCCCAUCACAAGGUGUUCGUGUCCGACAUCUUAGGGCAUCAUACCGUCACACUACGUCCUCCAGUCUUUAUUCUUUGAAUCUCAGAUGAUAAUACAGCCAUGUCAUCCCCCGGCGAAGCACCAGCAGGCGACACCGCCCCGCGAGAUCUUGAUGUCGACGCCGAAAUGGAAGAUGCAACUACCCAAGAUGCGCCAGCCAGGCCGGAGGAGAACGUUGACCAUGAUAUGACGACGCAGACGGACACACAACAGCCUCCCGCGACAGCGACAACAGCGUCGGGCCUAACGCACCAGAAUCGCAAGGAUGUGACGUUAAGAGAGUUUUUGAGCAAAAUGGAUGAUUAUGCGCCAAUUAUCCCCGACGCCGUAACGGCCCACUAUCUCACCCUUUCGGGCCUGCCACCCCCAUCCCCAUCCGACCCAACGGGAGCGAGUACGAAUACAACCCCCCUCCCGCUCGCUCGCCUCCUCGCUCUCGCAACCCAGAAAUUCGUCGCCGACAUCGCCGCAGAUGCCUACCAAUACUCGCGGAUCCGCAGUUCUAACAACGCAGUAAGCGGCCCGGGAAUUGCUAGCAUGGCCAUGGGCGGGGCCGGAGCGUCUUCGUUUGCAGCCGGCGCUGCUGGCGGAUCUGGAGGAGGGGGUGCCGGGGCAGGUGGCGCAGGAGGAAAGAAUCAGCAGAAUACAACGUUGGGGGUUCAGAGGAGCGGCUACGGCGGUGGAGGACAAGGUGGAAGUGCUCAGGGCAAGACCGUCUUGACGAUGGAGGACUUGGGCAUGGCAGUACAAGAGUAUGGGAUCAAUGUCAAAAGAGGGGAGUUCUACAGAUAACGCAGCGGCGGCAGGGUUCGCAUUGGGGUUUGGUAUUCUUGUUUCCUUCUUUUCCAUAGGGUGGUUGGUGGCAUGCAUAGCGCAUGGGAGUCGAAAUUCAUGGUAGUGGAAGGGACAGGCCGUUCCAUGAACAUCGGACGACAAAUGGUUGAUUUGAUUUGCACAACCAGCGGAUAUCAUCCGAGCUUCUUGUCAUAACGCAAGAUAUGAGCGCGUAUAAUCGACUAAGACCACAGCUUUCAAUGAACUGAAGCGUCCGCUUCCCAGACAAGUCUCC